UAGUCUGCACAUACUACACAAAACCCCUUCACUAAUAACAACCUCCGAAAAUUUACUAUAUCGUUCUUUCUUUAAUGGAGAUGGCUAGAUCAUCUGUACCUCUGAUCGCUGUGCUAUGCGUUUCGCUACUGCCACUUGCGGCUAUGGCGGUUGGAACGCCAUUCCACAUUGAAGGAUGUGUUUACUGCGACACUUGCCGCUUUGGAUUCGAGACUGUCGCUACCAAAUAUAUCUCAGGGGCAAGAGUGAAAAUAGUAUGCAAAGACAGAGUGACACUCAAGUCGGAGGUGGUCGGGAAGGCGGUGACGGGACCUGAUGGGAGAUACAAAGUCGCCAUCAAAGGAGAUCGACAGGACCAGCAGUGUCUGGCGGAGCUUGUCCACAGUCCUAUGUCCCGCUGCCACGAGGCUGAUCCUGGUAGAAGCACUGCUACAGUGAUCCUCACGCGAUCCAACGGCGCAGCAUCUACUCGCCACUACGCCAACGCCAUGGGUUUCUUCAGAGACCAACCUCUCCGUGGCUGCGCCUCUCUCCGCAAACUCUACCUUGCCGACGGCGAUGAAAGGGCUAUUUGAGUUAUUUUUACUCUUCUUGAUCAAACAAAGACAAACCUACCAUAUUUAUUUAGAGUUUAUUGUUAUUUUGUUUUGUUGUUGAGUCUCCGGAGAUGGUGAGACUAUUUAGACAUAUCUAAGAAACUAUAUAAAAUAACGUAUUUGCGACCUUUUAAAAAAAUUUGUCAUGUUGAUGACCAAAAAAAAAGACAGAAAAUUAUUAUGUUCUU